UCUUUCAGGCAAUAUCUCGCUGUAGCAGUAAUAGCCCAAUGGCUUCUAGUUGUUUUUUUUACCCUUCCGGGCUCUUUUCCCCCGGCGGCUAGUUUCAGCAUAAAAGGAAGAAGUCGGGUCCGCGCGGUUCGCCUUUUCGAAUGCAGCAGUGUUUUUGGCUUUGGCAAUACCAGCUAGCUAGCUACUUACUUGUGUGGGAGUCCUAUAAAGAAAAGCCUGAGUUAUAGACUGACUAAAGAAAUCCACCUAAGCCGUAAGUUUUUGUUACAGCUGGCACACCUGCUUGCAAACUCGAAAAUCUGAUUCUAGUAGAAAGUGGACUAAGUCUUAAGAGAGAUAAGCCGGUCUUUAUACACUGGCCCUACUUCGAAUUCAGUCAGUGGCCAGAUGCAUUGUAAGCAAUUCCAGUCCCAGCUGCUGAGGUGGCGUAGUCAGCCCUACCUAAGUAUUGAACAAAACCAACCAUUUGUAAAAUAUUAUCCUAUCCUGCAUAUUAAUUAAGACCACUUAUUAGAUCAAGGUUGGCAUACAUAGCAUAGGAAGGUGGAGCUUUGGUCGUGGACAGUAGGGGAGACAAGUUAAAUAAUGAGUCAAAUAAUGAGUAGAGAAGGCAAGCCCAAGAGUGUAAGAGCACAAGAUGAAGCAUGGCCUUGGCAUAUGAGAUUUGGCCAUUUGCACUUGAUAAAAGAAGAUGGAAAAAGGGAUGUCCAAAUCAACCUGUUCAGCAUGUAUUUUAGGAAAAGAUAGUCUAUAUAGUGGUAGGACUUUUCCAUCAAAAGCAAGAUAAAGAGAAUCAAGCACCACUUAUCAACCGGUUGGGGAAUGUACAAAGAAUGCUGAAGAAUAAACAGCGUAAAAGGGGAAGAGUUCAAAAACCACCUAACUAAGCCUAUCACACCAAAUAGAAAAGAGACAAAAAGACCAAAACAAGCUUUUUUUCAAGCUCUACAAGUCCUAUAUAUAGUGAACCACUAGAUAGCCGUGUUCCACUAGUCCAGUCUUGCCGAGUUGCCUAAGGACCCAGCCACAGAAUUUAAUAAAUAGUCUCUUAUCGGAAGGAGAAAUAAGAAUAGAGUAAGGAGGCCCGCCUAGUAGAAGUAGAGGAGAUGGUUGCGUCGGAGUAAACCGAGUCUCGGUGUAUCCUUUGUCUGUUCAAAAUCGAUAUUUUUCACAUAAAAAGAGAGAUUUACUUUAUCUUAAGUCUACUUGAAUUCUAGAAAAGUCCUUUCGUCGAUAAAUUCACCACGGCUUGUCCUUCAACGAAGCACUGUUCACCCGAGGCGGGAAGCAUUGUAGGUGAGUAGAUACUAGAGUUUUGGGUAUACAAGAAGCCGCGAGGGAUCGUUAUAUAGUUUUCAUCUGGUAGGUCUUCUUACUUAUGAUGCCUGGAACUUUAACUAGAACAGGGCAUUCCUCAACCGAAACAAUUAGAGAACUAGUUAUUCCCGCGGGACACGAACUUACAUGAAACUAAACUUUGAAAACAAGUUUACUUUCGUUAGAAAAUAGAAAAACCAACGGAAAAUCAAGUCUCAUGUUGCUCCUCAGAAAACUCGUAGAAUAGUCUCAUUGGCCCUCGUCGAUGGGACAAACGCGGAAGUGUAUGCGUUACAUUUACAGGGAAGCUAGCAUUUUGUCUUGUCAUGGAAGUUCGUGUUCGUGUUCGAAUGUUCGUUGGAAAAACCAACGCCGACGUCAAGAUCAGUCUCCUUUCUCUUUUCGGGAGCAGAGCUUAAAAAGAUGGACAGUAACGAUCGCGUAAUAUCAAUUUAUCGGCCUCGUCAUCGAAAGCGGCUUCCAAUUGCUCGGAAAUUCUCAGCUAUAUGGGGGACUUUGAUGGUGAGCAAAAAGAAUUGAUCAAGAAAUUGGUAAACUUUCGCAUGAUCGAUGGUAAAAGAACGAGAGUUCGUGCUAUUGUUUAUAAAACUUUUCACCGCCUAGCUCGAACUGAACGCGAUGUAAUCAAACUUAUGGUUGACGCCGUAGAUAAUAUAAAGCCAAUAUGCGAAGUGGUCAAAGUAGGAGUCGCAGGUACUAUUUAUGAUGUUCCUGGGAUUGUAGCCAGGGAUCGUCAACAAACCUUAGCUAUUCGUUGGAUCCUUGGAGCAGCUUUCAAACGACGUAUAAGCUACAGGAUAAGCUUAGAGAAAUGUUCAUUUGCUGAGAUACUGGAUGCUUACCGAAAGAGGGGAAUUUCACGUAAGAGAAGGAAGAAUCUUCAUGGACUGGCUUCCACCAAUCGGAGUUUCGCGCAUUUCAGAUGGUGGUAAAGUGAUACCACAUAAGGAGCUCUUCCUCAUUCAGUCAUACUCAACAAAAGUCAGAAAUGUUUGACCCUGAUCCUUUUUUCAUCUUCAUAUAGAAAGAAAAUCGGCCUUCCUCAUACUCCCCCCUUCAUUCAUGGAGUUGGAGGAAUCCACAAGAGGCCUGCCCGUUCAUAAUUGCAUAAAAGAACCAUUCUUUUUAUGAAAACUCUUGUUCCAAACAAGCAAGGGAUUGAGCAACUAGCGCAAAGCCGUUGCGCUAACGCGCAUCCGUUUUCUUGCUCCUUAACGACCGAGGGAUGAAAUCUUUCGACGACUAGGGAGGCGUCACCCGAGGCCGAUUCCUGUGGAUCACUAUAGAAUCUUCUAGAAGCAAGCUAGGCUACCUUCUGGCUAGCUCUGCCAUCUUAGAAAAAUUCCUUCGCGCUUAGCUUAGUAAGCUAGCUUGGUAAGCUAAGCAAGCCUGGUUCUCCGGGCACUAUGGUAGGACGUGGAUCGAUCAUGACGAGAAUGGACUUCUCCGUCAUGUAAUGGUUUAGAAGAGUCACGGUCCAGUUCCCCGCCGGGCUUUUUCCCUUCUCGACUAGACGAAGGAGAUAUUCAUUCCAUUCAGGCAGGUGAGGAAGGGCGGCUAAGGCUUGACCCUGUCUUCUCUCUUGGUCGGGUCGGAGGCUAAGUUUCUCAUUCAGUGGUGAGGUGUUCAUAGAAAGCAAGGCCUCGCCCAACGAGUGGCGGAUUUGGUUUGGUUUGGGUGGGGUCUCGUCUCGCUUGGACGCUGGGGAGAUCCAUAGAUCUGGAUAGAGUCUUUCUCGCUCAGUAAAGAAGAGUACGCGCGCUACGGCUUACGCAGUGGAUCUUCGGGCAACCAACCCGGCACAUCCAAUUCCGAUCAACAACUUGGAGGUAUGGCUGAGUGGCUUAAGGCAUGGUUUGCUAAAUCGACAUACAAGAAGAUUGUAUCAUGGGUUCGAAUCCAUUUCUCCGGCACGGAAGUUGAACGGGCGGGCGAAAUUACGUGAGAGAAAGAACCUCAGAUUGAUGGAGUCCGCCGUCGAACAGAAUAGCACUACUUAGUGACUAGGAGCGGAGCGCCCUUUCUUGUUCUUGGUGGCGUCUAUAGCGAAGAAGACCUUCCGAACGAGGGCCGUCCAGUCCCUGGCCGGCUCUCGGUUCUUGAGCAAGCUCCUCCACUGCGGGUAGGAUGCUUAUAGAUGAAGAAAGAGACUUUAGGCAAGUGGUUCUGGUAGCUCAGCUGGUUAGAGCAAAGGACUGAAAAUCCUUUUUUGCUUGUUUCAGUGGGAAGAGCAAGGGGAUUGCCCUUUAAAUCCUUCAUGGUUCGAAUCCAAUCUGAGCGUCUUUUUUUUUCGGUAUGCCGCUCCACGAGCAAGGAGCGC